ACAGCCACUCUCAUCCUUACACAGGGACGGGGCGGGGCCUAGCGGAGUGCGGCUGACAGGCACACGGGGAUUAGGGCGGGGCCUAGCGGAAAGAGUGAGCACCAAGCCGGGCCGGAGCUCGCAGCAGCCCCGGGGAGAUGAACGGCCUGAGCGCGCCGGGGGAUGGUGCAGCGCUAUGAAUAUACAUGGGGGUCAUGGCGCGACCGGCGGGGCAGGGGGCGGAGAGGCUCAUUCCGGGAAGAGCGAUCAGAUGGAGCCCGGCUUGGUGAAUCAUGCCAGCUGCAGGAAAAGAGGGGCACUGGGCAUCCCUCCGCCGUGCUGCCAGCUCAUCCCCGGGACUCACAGCUUUGCCGAGGACUCUAAAAACGCUCCAUGGAGCCGAUCGCUGCCCGGAGAGCAGCCGAGCUCAGCAUCCCGCAGCUCCCCAUCCUCUUCCUCUCGCCCCAUGCUGGCCGCCGUGUUCGUGUUGCUUCUCCUGUCCCUCCUGCCUCUGGGGCAGCAGCGGGGCCAGUCCGCAGGGGCCCCGGGAGGGGAACUGAGCCUCACUGCCCUGCUGCUGCGCUGCUUUGUCUACCUAGGCUGCGCCCUGUGCGCUCUGUUGUUCGGGUCACUGUGCGCCCUGCACUGGAGUGGCCGAUCCUCUGCUCCCCCGGACUUCACCCGAUCCAGGACCCUCAGACAGAGUAUGCAGCCUGUGAAUGUGCAUGAACCAGCCCCGCUUAGAAGAGUGGUUAUAUGUCACAGCAUGGAUAAAGCUCUAAAGGAAGUGUUUGACUAUAGCUAUCGGGACUACAUUCUAUCAUGGUAUGGAGAUCUCAGCAAGGAUGAUGGCCAGCUCUACCAUCUGCUUUUGGAUGACUUUUGGGAACUGGCAAGACAACUUCGCUGUCGGCUUGCUCACAUUGAUGUUGUCAAGGUGGUCUGCAAUGAUGUGGUGAAGAAUUUGCUUACACACUUCUGUGACCUCAAGGCUGCAAACACUAGACAGGAUGAACAACCAAGACCCUUUGCCCUUCAUCCCUGCUUAAAAACCACAGAAGAGGAGCUCAGAUUCCUACAGACGUGUGCCCAGGUGCUAGUCCUCUGUUUAGUGCCCGCUCGGGAUGCCCAGUCUCACAGCUUGCGCAUAGUACUUUCUGAAAUACUUGCAGCUAAAGUGCUGAAGCCGUUGGUGGAACUGCUGAGUGAUCCGGAUUACAUUAAUCAGAUGCUGCUCAGCCAGCUGGAGUACAGAGAACAGGUGAAUGAGCGUCACAAGAAGGCCUAUACAUACGCCCCAUGUUAUGAGGAGUUCAUCAAGCUGAUCACAAGCAGUUCUGACAUUGAAUUCCUCAAACAGCUAAGAUAUCAGAUUGUUUUGGAAAUCAUUCAAGCAACUACAAUUGGAAGCUUUCCCCAGAUGAAGAGGCAGAAAGGAAAAGAGACUGCAGCAAUGAAAGCUGACCUCCUGAGGGCUCGUAAUAUGAAAAGGUACAUCAAUCAGCUGACUGUUGCCAAGAAGCAAUGUGAGAAGAGAAUCAAGCUUCUUGGGGGGCCAGCAUAUGACCAGCAGGAUGAUGGGACCUCAGAUGAUUCAGAUUGUCCCCAGAGCCAGAAGAUUAUUCAGUUUGAUGAAAUCAUGGCAAACUCAUCAUUCCGAGAACAUUUUAGAACAUACAUGGAAAAGAUUGAUAAAAGAGCGCUUAUCAGUUUUUGGGAGUCUGUAGAGUACUUGAAAAAUGCAAAUAAGUCUGAAAUACCUCAAUUAGUUGGUGAAAUCUACCAGAAUUUCUUUGUUGAAAACAAGGAAAUACAAAUAGAAAAACCGCUUUAUAAAGAAAUCCAGCAGAGUCUUGUGGGCAACAAAGGAAUAGAGGUGUUCAGCAAAGUCCAAGCUGAUGUCUAUGAGACACUGAAGGACAGGUUCUACCCCUCAUUUAUGGUCAGUGAUCUGUAUGACCAGCUGAUUCGCCAAGAAGACACAUGCUCCUGCUUGUGUGUUACCGAUGACAAGGAUGAAAUCGGAAUGAGGGGAAAACGUGGGGAAAAGAUCCUCGAUGAGUGCAGUAGUGGUAUUACUGAACAGGCCAGCUAUGCUGUCAACAAACUGCAGCAACUGACAGAGAAACUGGAGUACAAGAGACAAGCCCUCAGCUCUAUCAUCAAUGCACCUAAGCCUGACAAAAAGAUUGUUUCCAAGCUGAAGGAUGAAAUAGCUCAAAUGGAGAAAGAGCAAAGUGACUUGGACCUUCACAUUUCUCGGACAGAUCUGUGGUGUGAAAACCUGGGCAUGUGGCGCGCACUUAUAAACAUCAGUGAGGUGUCUGAGGAAAAUGGUGAGCAGAUGCCAUUGUAUUUCGUAUUGGUCAGUUUGCCAGAGUCUAAUGAUUCAAAUACCAAGAACUGGUCGGUAAUGAGGAGGUUAAGCGAAUUUCAGAAUCUGCACAGGAAGCUCAGUGAGUGUUUCCCUUCAUUGAAGAAGGUACAGUUGCCUUCAAUCAGUAAGCUUCCUUUCAAGUCUGUAGACCAGAAAUUUCUGGAGAAGUCAAAAGCACAGUUAAAUAAUUUCUUGCAGAAGCUGCUUUCUGAUGAGAGAUUAUAUCAGAGUGAGGUGCUCUAUGCCUUCCUGAGCCCGUCUCCCGAGCACCUCAAAGUCAUAGAUGUCCAAUGCAAGAAAUCUUCCUUCUCUCUUUCCUCAUUUUUGGAAAGACUUCCUGGAGAAUUCUUUUCUCACCAAGAGGAUGAAACGGAGGAAGACAGCGACUUAUCUGAUUAUGGGGAUGAUGUGGAUGGGAAGAAGGAUGCCUUGGCCGAGCCAUGCUUCAUGCUGAUUGUGGAGAUCUUCGAACUGCGGGGAAUGUUUAAGUGGGUGAGAAAGACGCUAAUUGCACUGGUACAAAUUACAUUUGGAAGAACCAUAAACAAACAGAUCCGGGACACCGUAAAUUGGAUUUUCAGCGAGCAGAUGCUGGUUUACUAUAUCAAUGUAUUCAGAGAUGCAUUCUGGCCAAAUGGAAAAUUAGCACCUAUGAAAACCUCAAGAACAGAGCUUCAGUGUCAGGAAACGAAGCAGAAAGCUCAGCAAAAACUACUUGAAAACAUCCCCGAUGCACUUCAGAACUUAGUCGGACAGCAGAAUGCACGUCAUGGUAUAAUCAAAAUAUUUAAUGCACUUCAAGAAAACAGAGCUAAUAAGCAUCUACUUUAUGUGCUGAUGGAAGUCUGUCUGCUAGAGCUAUGCCCAGAACUGAGAAGCCACUUGGAGCAUUUGAAACCCGGACCAGCCUGCGACAGCACAAAGUGAACCACUACUUCUAAUGUCUGUGUAACCAUAGACAUGCUAAUUAUUUUCCUCUUUUCCAUAGAGGGCUGACUGAGGACUACUUAAGCUCCUGCGUCUUUUUUUUCUCCCCCUUCUUUAUUUUAUGUAAAAUGUACAGGUUGGGGAAGCCGUUGCUGUAGUGUAGAAAUGAGGAGGUAAUGCUGCACAGUCACUACUUUUACUCAAUAAAAAUGUCAUUUGGUUACUGGUCUCUGGAUCAUGAGAUGAGGCACUGUAGGGACAGGAGACAUCUUUUAUCCAGUUCAGUGACAUAUGGGGACCCUUAGGGCGCUGGACGUACUCGACAUUCGAAGAGCAUUUCGUAAGAUAGUGUUAAAUAAUUGAAUGUUGUACAGAUCAUUUCCUCAUUGAGGAUCCUGAACAUUCCUUUAUUAUUGCCAGUGUAUUGAAGAAUGUUUUGUGCAAUACUUUACGUAAUGUUAUUGUGAAUAUUUUAUUCUUUAUUGCUUUUAUUUUUACCAAAGACUGCCCAUUAUUUAAAAUAUUUGUAAGCAA